AUGCCGGCGUUCUAUCUGUUCACCAGGAGUUGCUUCGAGUGUCAUCUAACGAUAAAGUUUUUACAGAGAAGAGUUGCGUAUUAUUCGAACUCGACUGCAACAUUUAAUCCAUUGAAGAAGUCUAUAUUAUUGAGCAUGGAUAUCCAUCCUAAUCCUGGCCCUAAUAUAACUACAACGGUUCAACCUGAUUUUGCAAGCGUCUCUCGUGUUCGAUCAUCUGGAACGUCCUUGCAUAACAACAAGCUUCAGUGUAGUCUUGUUAAUUGUCGUUCUAUAUGCAACAAGAUUGAUGAGUUUCACGGUCUGGUUUAUGGCAAUAACUUGGAUAUUAUUGGCGUAACUGAGACAUGGCUACGAGCAGAUUAUUAUAACGAGGAAAUAUUGCCCUCCGAUAACUAUACAAUCUAUAGGAAGGAUAGAGCUAAUUACCGCAGAGGGGGUGGUGUUUUACUGGCCGUUAAAGCUGAUAUUCUCUCGUAUAGGAGAAUUGAUCUUGAACCGACGGAUUCAGAGAUUCUUGUGUGUGAACUUUAUCCUUUGAAUCGAAGGAAAUUUACAGUGUGUAUCUGUUAUCGUCCUCCUGAUUGCAAUUUGUUUUUCGACCAUUUUGAUAUUCUAUUAAACAACUUACGAGAAGCUUCGAACAGAAUUUGCAUAAUCGGUGACUUUAAUAUGCCACAUAUAAAUUGGAACACUGUCGUCAACAUCACAAAUUCUGCCAAUGGGAAUAGAUUUUGUGACCUUAUACAACUAAAUUUUCUUACCCAAGUAGUUUGCGAACCAACUAGAAAGAGUAAUGGCAGUCAGUCGACUUUAGACCUGGUUUUCAGUAAUCAUCCCGAUGACAUUUGCAACGUUAAAGUAGAGGCAAAUCUUGUGACUUCUGAUCAUUCAGUAGUUAGCUUUGAUAUACUUACAAAAGUUCAACGCGUAAAAAAAAUUAGUCGUAAUGUUUACAAUUUUAAAAAGGCGGAUUUAGAAGGUCUUAAAUUAGCAUUACAAUGUAUCCCAUGGGAAACCGCAAUGUUUGAAGACGAUAUUGAAAGUAGUCUUGUCUGCUGGCAGGACCUAGUCCUUACAUGCAUUGAUGAAUAUGUUCCCAAAAUCAUAAUAAGAGAUUCGAAUAGACCUCCAUGGAUAGAUGCUGAAGUAAUGCAUUUGAUCAGGAAGAAGAAUAGAGUCAGGCGCAAGGCUAAGUUGAUUGAUUCUCCAUAUCAGUGGGAAAAAUUUAGAAAUAUUAGGCAUCAUGUUAAGAAGCUAAUUAAAUUUAACAAACGCAAUUAUUUAGAUGAAUUAGGUCAUUCUUUAAAAACCAAUCCAAAAAAAUUCUGGUCUUAUUACAAAACAAUUACCAAAUCUAACAGAAUUCCUGGAAAAGUGUCAUAUGGAUUAGUUCAGGCAUCUAAGUUAAAAGAUCAAGCUAAUUUAUUUAAUGCCUUUUUUCACUCAGUGUUCAAUCCUUCUGACUCUACCAAUUUAAUACAAUUACCUGAGCUUAGUUAUAAUGUUGAACAUGAAUUAUCCGAACUUGUGAUUGAUAGCAAUGCUGUUUGUAGAGAGCUUAAAUUACUCGAUAUUAACAAGGCAUCAUUAGGAUUGCCUUCUAAAGUAUUGCGUGAAUGUGCUGACGAAUUAUCGCCCUCUCUAUGCAAAUUAUUUAAUAUGUCAUUGAGAAAUGCCACUUUUCCCAAUAAGUGGAAGGAAACUGACUUGGUUCCAAUUCAUAAAUCUGAAUCUAGGUCAGUGGUACCCAAUUACAGAGGAAUAUCUCUUCUUGAUAUAUUGUCUAAGUUGUUGGAGAGGCAAGUGUAUAAUGGGAUGUUUGGUGUUAUAGAACAUUAUCUAUCCAAGUGGCAGUAUGGGUUUCUUCCGGGAAGGUCUACUGUUUGUCAGUUAAUAGAGGUAGUACAUCAAUUUGGUGAAGCACUUGAGAAUAAACGCCAAAUUGAUGUUAUAUAUCUAGAUUUUAUAUAUCUUUAUCAAAAGCCUUUGAUAAAGUUCCACAUGUCAAACUCUUGCACAAACUUGAAUCAUUAGGUAUUAGGGGAUCUUUACUAUCUUGGUUUAGAUCUUACUUGACAGGAAGAAAACAUAGAGUAGUAAUUAAUGGUGAGCAAUCUGAAUAUUUACCAGUGACCUCGGGGGUGCCACAGGGAUCAAUUUUGGGGCCUUUGUUGUUCCUUAUUUAUAUUAACGAUAUGCCUAAUUGCAUAUCGGAGAAAACAAGCCUCCCACUUUUUGCCGAUAAUUCAAAGUGUUUCCGUUUGAUUUUGGGACAGGAAGAUGGUAUUAGAUUGCAGGAUGAUUUGAAUAAUGUGUUAGAUUGGGCUCAUACCUGGGGAAUGGAAUUUAAUUAUGCUAAGUGUAAGGUUUUAAGAAUUGCGCGUAUUAAGAAACCAUAUAAUAUAGAUUAUUUUCUUGGCGGUAAGAAAUUGGAACGAGUUCUUGUCGAAAAAGAUCUCGGUGUUCUAGUAACAUAUAAUCUAAGCUGGAAUAGCCAUGCCGUUGAUUGUAUUACUUCCAAGGCUCAUAAAAUAUUAAAUCUUUUAUACCGUACCUGUAAGGAUAUAAGUGAUAUUAGCGUAAAAAGAGAAUUGUUUAUAACUUGGGUUAGAUCACGUUUGGAGUAUGCCAGUCCUGUUUGGUCUCCUCAUACCAAGAGAAAUAUUAUAUCAAUUGACCAUUUGCGUAAUAGACUAAAUUUUGAUCUCAACAAAAAUUUCAUUACAGCUUGAAAGAGCAUCACAAAAUUAGUAAUAUUCCAAAGUUUCGUUACAAAAUGUUGUAAAAUGCGGAAAAUAUAGCCUUGCGAAAUUUGCAAUUUUCAGUAAUUUUAGAUUACAAACCGGAAAUUGACAGCCUCGAAGGGUUUGGGGCUGUCAAUUUCCCGUUUGUAAUCUAAAAUGACUGAAAAUUGCAAAUUUCGCAAGGCUAUAUUUUCCGCAUUUUACAACAUUUUUCAACGAAACUUUGGAAUAUUACUAAUUUUGUGAUGCUCCUUCAAGCUCUGAUUAAAUUUUUGUCUAAACAUGUUUAGUUCAAAAUUUAGUCUAUUACGCAAAUGGUCAAUUGAACAGGUUCAAAGAAAAGCCACCAGGUUUAUUGUAGGCAGAGAUUUUAAUUGCAAUGACCGCCUUGUUAAAUUGAAUUUUAUUCCUCUUGUGUAUCGGAGAGAAAUUAGUGAUCUUGUAUUUUUCUAUAAGUGUUUUAAGGGUAUGUAUAAUACCGAUAUCUUUCAGUACAUAUCCUUUCGUUCUUGCACUAGGCCACUCAGAGGCAUUGACUAUUUAACUUUAAAUGUCCCAUUUAGCAGAACAGAGGCAUUUAAAAAUAGUUAUUUAGUCCGAAUAUGUCGACUGUGGAAUGAUUUACCACUUGGAAUAAGAGAGUCAGAUAGGCUCUCCGUAUUUCGACGUAGUUUAAUCUCGACAUAUUAUGAUAAAUUUAAAGCAUUGCAUGUGUGAUGUAACUUAGUUUUUCAGUAUUUCCAUAGACUUGUAAUAUUAUAUAUGCAUAGUUUCUUAAUUCAUUUAGUAUUUAACUAAUAUCGACUAUUGGCGGUUUAAGUAUUAUGGAAUCUUGAAUUCUGUUUUAAACCGACCGCAAAUGACAUUCAUAAUUGGUAAAUAUUAUAAUGUUCAUUUCAAAUUUGAUUAAAUUAAAUUUACUAUUGGUCUGUACUGUCACUCUUCUUUCGCUGUAGGGGUUAGCGUAGUCAAAUAAAGUUUUACCUACCUAUACCUACCUAUACCUUUAAAUAAAAUUUGAGAAUAAUAGUACAGUGAAUGAUCCAGUGGAAUGAUCACACAUAAAAAAGAAUUCGCACAAAGCAAUUCAAAGCUCCAGUUUUAGUUUAAUGCGUUUACCACUCUGAAGUGGACCUGCAGUGGACCUGCAGUGGACGGAGGGCGUGGGAUGCUUCACCCUGAAAGUGUCACCCCCAAAUACGCCAAAGCUCCGCUGCCUAGUAAAUCAACCAGACAGCCAAUGGCGUAUAGUGUAUAGUGUAUAGUGUAUAGUGUAUAGUGUAUAGUGUAUAGUGUAUAGUGUAUAGUGUAUAGUGUAUAGUGUAUAGUGUAUAGUGAUGGCGUGCGCGGCUGCUACAUUAUCGUUCUUUUCAUAUUUUUAAAUAUUUUUUCCAGCCUAAAGCGCGGGGCCCCUUGAAUGCGCGGGGUCCCGCGCGACAUAUGCCCGCUUCUGCCACUUCUGCCAGCAUGGUGCUUUAUUUGUCAACCUUAGGAAUAAAUAUAACUUAAUAGUUUGACAGUGAGUGACGCAUCUAGAACUACAGAAAUGCAUUGUUGUCUAAACAUUUUCGCCAUAUUAAACAGUUUUAUUAAAAGUUAGAAUAUUUUAGUCAAAUAUAUAACAUGCCUAGCUGUUGGGUUGCCUAUGAUCAAACUUAGAUUUUUACGCAAACCCUAAACUUAGCCGUUAUUACGGAGUUUAAAGCUACGUUUACACGCUGCGAUUAAUCAUGUACGAUUCGUAUUCUGGCGUAUUCAAAUGUGUGCUGGCGCCAUAAUUCAUUGCCGUUUCGUUAAAAAGAAAUUUCAAAUGUAGCCAGCUUAUGCGUGUUCACUCAUGACAUACGCCAGAAAACGAACCGUAUACAAAAUUAAUCGCAGCGUGUGAACGUAGCUUAAGAUGCACCAAAUCUGCGACGCGGACGCGACUAAAAAACAGUCUUAAUAGUUGGAGACUGGUUUUACUUUGUUUUUCUCGUGUCCCUGGCUUUGUUUACCAACAACAAUCCAUAGUUUUUACCCGUGAAGUGAAACUGUGAUAAUAGCGGCAGUUUUUCGUCACGUCCACGUCGUCAAGAUUUGGUAUAUCGAUCUUAAGCUCCCUAUUAUUAGGCAUUACGACACUGGCGAACUUGCGCUUUAAUCGCAAUUAGUUUUUAUCUUGCUUCAGGCCUGGUUACAAGACAAGAAAUAACACUGACUGUCAGGCUUUAGACAAUAUUAUUCUUCCAUUUGCAUUAGUGUGUAUAGAUCGAACAUGACAUUAUAACCAUAAGAUGCCUUGGAGGUUUUUCGUUAACACAGGAUUAAGUAUAGGUUAUUUUGAGGCAACGAGGGGAUAUGUGAUUUAUUCACAGAGGCGCGCAGCGCCGAGGUGAAUAAACACACAUCCCCGAGGUGCCUCAAAAUAACGUACUUAUUUUUCACAUUGCGAGGUCGCGUUCGAGGCGCGUUAAUGAGUCAGAAUAGAAAUAAUUCUUAAUUCCAAUAUUGCCUUCGUUAUGUUUUUUUUCUCAUUUUUUGUGCUGCAAAGACAUUGCAGGUGAAUAUUAGAGGGGAUUAUUAAACGGAAAUUGAUUAGAGGGGAAUAUUGAAUAUAUCCCCCGAUAAACAAAGGAAACCGAGCAGGGUGAAAAAUAAGGUAUAUUAAUCGGCUUUAGAGUAACCGGUCCCUGAUAUAUUAACCUCAGUUUUUCAUUUGAUCUUACUUUUCUCAGGCAACAACAACGUACAAAGAUAAAGUGACUUCACUCGACAAUAGUACAGUACAAGCGGGUGAUAUCAAGGGUACCAUGAAAAACUUGACCGAGUUUAUGGAAAACAGAAUAUAUGAUCCCUGGAGUGUGACUGAUAAAAAUACAAACGUUCGAGUGAUUACAAAGAGUACGAAAAAGGUCUGGGCGAAAGUUCAGAAGGCUGAGCGGAUGAACGUGUUGGGAAUGAUCACCUGUUCAAUAGCAUUUGGCAUCGCGUUAAGUAGACUGGGACCUGAAGGUCGUGCGUUGAAAGAGUUGUUUGAAAUCUGCAUGAAGAUUGUAAUGUCGUUGAUUGGCGGGAUUAUGUGGUGAGAUUAAAGUUUCUCAUUUAUUUGUUUGGCUGUUGAUCUUGCUGCACUGUCUUAAAAUCUUUGACUGGGUAUAACACUACAGCGCAAGCAGGGCAGCCCAGAGAAAUUCGGGGGCCCGGGGCAAAUUUUUCAUUUGGGGCCUAAUUUUUCCACGGGAUGGAAUGUUUUUGGAACCCUAAACAGUAAAAAAGGGUUCAAAUUUUUUUUCAAACCCCAACUAGUAAAAAGUGGUCCAAAAAUAUUAUUCAAACCCUAACUCUUUUCAUUUUAGAAUAUUCCCGAAAAUUUUACACUUCCCACAAUUUUCUGCAAAUUCUUACUUUUUUCUGUGUGUGUGUGUGUGUGUGUGUGUGUGUGUGUGUGUGUGUGUGUGUGUGUGUGUGGGCUUUAACUAGGGACCCAGACAAACACACACCCCAGGGAAGCCUGUUCUGACAAAUGCGCCCCCCCCCCACGCCUCCUUUGAAUGAAAACACGUUAGAUUUACUUCUAUUUCUUAAGCGUUCCGCUUUGAGUGGGAUAGAUAGAUAGAUAGAUAGAUAGAUAGAUACUUUAUUGCGUGUUCCCCUAAGGGCUUUUCAACACUACAUUACAUAUUAAAAUUACUAUAAAUUACUUCUAAAACUACCUAUGUUACAUAUACUUAUUUAAAAUUAGUUAAAAUAUGUACAAAGAGUAUGAAAUAUUAAAUGUAUUUAAUAGGAUUCUUUUAGUAAAAUCAUCGGAUAGUGGCGAUGAAGACAACUAAAAAUAAUUAGGUCAAAAGAUGCUUCUUUGCUUCCAAUAAAGUUUAAAUAAAACUCCAUGAAUACAUAUUUUCGGUAGGAUAUGUGCAUGCGAGUAUCAUCCCAGAGAGAAUUGCGAGAACAUUCAAGAAACUGUAAUUGCGAGAACAUUCAAGAAACUUUUAUUGUUGCGUUGCUCCUUAUUUAUAUGAAUGUCUUGCACCAUAAUCGAUAAUUGACCACACGAUCUCAGCUAAUGUGAAAGCAAGGUUGAUAUGAAAACUGCGUCACCAAAGAUCGAGAAAUUAAUAGUAGGAAGGAACGGAAUCCACUGUGCCCUUGUAAAGUGCGGUAACGAGGUUUUUGAUUUCUCUUCUGAUAUAUACACUUUUGUUACACGUAUUUCAGGAUAUCUCCCCUUGGCAUAUGUAGUUUGAUAGCUGGCAAACUUGUUGAGAUGGAAGACAUUGCCAAGACAUUUGAAUCUCUUGCAUACCUAAUCGUGACUACUAUAACUGGAAUCGCUAUACAAGCUUUGAUCGUCUAUCCAACGAUAUAUUUCAUUUGUGUGAGGAAAAAUCCAUUCAGAUACAUGUUUAAUAUGCAGGCAGCAAUGUUCACAGCUUUUGGAACGGAUUCCAGGUAACAUAUAGCCCACGUCACUUGUGAGAGAAAAUAGUCUGGGUACGAGCUUGCCUGUGUCAUAGACUCUAGGUAAUAUAUGGCAAGUGAUUGUGCUUUUCACACUUUAAAGUGCUUAACUACUCAUAGGAAGAUGAGUGAAUGUUGUUUACUUUUAGUGUCACAUGGUGCUAUAUUUGAAACUUCUGUUUAAAACUGAGAGUCGACAGUGGCGGAAUACACUGAGUGACAGUUUUUGCUCAGUUAAACCAGAUUUACUUUCUUAUAGGUUCAAGAAACUAGAAACGCGCGGUUUAAUUCAAUUGCAGAAAUUUUUUGUACACCAAAAAGAUACUGUAUUAUGAGAUACAGCUGUAUAUAAUGCAAAAUGGCGUAAAGUAUAUUGAAUCGCCUGUACGCGCAAUCAUGAACCAUUUCCAAAUUUUAACUUAAUUUUUUUAGCGCUGCAACUCUACCUGCUACAAUAAAGUGUGUCAAAGACAUCAACAAAGUUGAUCCAAGAGUAGCUCAUUUUGUUUUGCCAAUUGGAGCAACUGUCAAUAUGGAUGGAACAGCGCUAUAUGAGGCGGUUGCAUGCAUUUAUAUAGCGCAACUGAAUGGUUACAGCUUUGGCAUUGGAAAAAUCUUGAUAACAGUGUAAGUAAACUAUUAUUAUAAAAUAAAGAAAUCCCUACAUGAUUAUGGUGGGAACGCGAAACUUCUUUCUAUUUCGCAAAAUGCAAAUUUUUCGUCUUCAACCGCAUCGCGGAGGCUUCAUUUUGCUAAUUCCUUACUUGCGUAGAACGCAGUAACAUAAUUAAGAUUUCCAGGUUGAGUUGAUAUGACAAAUUCACGGUUGGAUCGGUUAGCCAUUCAGAAACCAUGAAUAUUUUAAAUAAAUAAUAAAUAUCUGUCACCACUCUUCAAUAGCAUACAAUCCCAGCAAAUGGAAACUAUGCAAUUAUUAUUAGGACUGAGUAUUAGCAAUAUCAUUUUUCUUCUAUAGCUUUUGCUCAGUUGCUGCUUCAGUUGGAGCGGCUGCAAUCCCUUCUGCCGGUUUAGUGACAUUGCUUAUGGUGUUGGAAGCUGCUGGCUUGCCCACAAACGAUGUUGGAUUGCUCUAUUCAAUCGACUGGUUUUUGUAAGUACAAAUUGAAAAUAUAUUGUACGUAAAAUUUGUACGUGAUUUUUCCCACGACAAAUUGAUACGUAACUCAUGCCCCAUGCCCUAUCCAGGCAAUUAUGCUUCUCCUGAUUCUUUUUUAUCCCACCGAUUCACCAACCCGUUUCUGUCGCACCAGAAUUAUUAUUACCGAGAACCUUGGAGAAAUUUACCCGCAUUGAAUCCUUUAAUGGAAAUUCCAACCCCUAUAUGGUCACAAUAUCCAAAUCCCUAUCCUCCAGCCAUACAACUCCCAAUGAGUUACCCAAAUCAGUACCCUUCACCCCUGAUGAUGAAUUACACCAGACCGCCCAGGCGUUGACAGGUGAUUACGAUUCAUCCAAGUCUGUUUGUCCCUUCCUUAACAAUGUUACCCAUAAAACUACUCAACUAAAUAAGAUACCCGUCAGAAUUACUCCACGCACAAGACAGCACAGUCAUAUAAAAUCUCUUAGGCAUUGCAGCACUUUGAGACGUAUACAAGUUUAACUUAAUAAAACUGCUCGGAGUCAACCACGCUUAAUUCCAUGUUGCUCAGUGUUGAACGCCAGAUCUAUUGCUAAACCUGAUGCUUUUCCUGCUUUGUGCGCAGCCAUUAAGUGCAAUAACAUAGAUGUUUGUUGUAUAACCGAAACAUGGCUCAAACCGACUAUACCUAGCUCCCUCCUUUGUCCUCCCAAUUUUUCCGUCAUUAGAAAGGAUAGAACUAACUGUCGAGGAGGUGGUGUCGCGAUCUUAUGCAGGAAUGAUUCGAGAAUGCAGUUACUACCUGAUUUGGACAAUCCAUUCGAAUGUUUAUGGACAAAAAUUAUUACACAAAACUCUGAAUUCUUUGUUGCAACUAUUUACCACCCACCUGACUAUGAGUAUAAUGAGCAAGACCUUAUCGAAUUCCUUAUUGACUCGUACGAACAACUAUUGUUAUCUAAACCGAAUUCAAAUAUAAUAAUUGCUGGUGACAUUAACAAUUUAAAUAUUCGAUCUGUUCUUAAUCAACUUCCAUUUACCCAACUCGUUAAGACCCCUACGAGAGGACUAAAAAUAUUUGAUGUCUUUAUUACAAAUGUCCCAAACUAUUGGAAAUCUGUUAAAGUUGUAAAAAGCUUGGUGAGAUCCGACCAUGAUAUGGUUAUCACAUACCCCCGAAACAUAGUUAAAGCAAUAAGGACAAAUUCCUAUUUCAGAGAUGUGAGACAACAUCAUCAAUUGAAUAUGCUUCGUGAACUUGAAUCUAUUGAAUGGAACACGAUAAUUAUGAAUAGUCAUAACCUAGAUGAGAUAACCCUAAAAUUUUAUGAAAUAAUAUGGCCAAAAUUCGAUAAGAGUUUCCCAUUAAUUAAGGUCAGAACGUCAUCACGCAACCCUCCGUUCAUGUCUCCUCUUGUGAACCACCUUCUGAAUCAAAGGAAAAGAGCCAUACAAAACGGAAAUACUGAAGCAAAUACACGAUUGCAAGAAAAAAUCAACAAGUUAAUUAGGGAAAAUCAAUUAAGUGCAGUCAAACAGGAGUUUGGCAACCAGAAAACUGGAUCAAAAAGUUGGUGGUCUAACGUAAAUAGCAUUACCUCGAGAAAAAAGAAACAAGAUGUAUCUGUAAGUGCUUUUCUUAACCCUCGUGAAAUUAACAAAUAUUUUCAAAGUGUGAAUACGGACCCAAAUUAUACGACUCCCGAGCCUCUUCAAAUCUCCGAAGGAACAAGAAUCCCUUCGUUGUCAAUUCAUGAAGUUCAACAUCUUUUACUGAAUCAAAAAACGCUCUUCAUCGGUCCGGACAAUCUGCCAUAUUGGUUUUGGAAAUCGUUUGCUAUUGAAUUAGCUUCUAUUGUCACAGAAAUUUUUAACAUGUCACUAAAAACCAGCAAAGUACCUCAGAAAUGGAAAUCCGCUGAUUUAUUACCACUCCCUAAAGAAUCACCAUUAAAUUCGUGCAACCAGUUAAGACCAAUCUCUCUGACGGACAUCAUCAUGAGAAUAUUCGAGAAGUGCGUGUAUAAAUCUGAAAUCGCACCUAUCACAAGAAAUAACAUUGGUCCUGACCAAUUUGCUUAUAAAAGGGUCACAACUCGACUAUGGCCCUGAUUAAAUCCCAACAUCAAUGGCUAGAGUGGCUGGAUAAAAACGCUAAUUAUGUUAGAGUGCUGUCCUUCGAUUUCAGCAAAGCAUUUGACAGUGUACCCCACGAUCUUUUGUUUGAAAAAGUUAAAAAGCUACCCAUUAAUCCGUAUGUGGUGAACUGGAUAAUUAGCUUUCUAGAAAAUAGAAUACAAAGAGUAAAGGUUGAUGGACUUGUUACAGAAUAUUUAUAUAUUAAAAUCGAUGAUAUUAAAACUGCUGAUCCUAGUAAUGCGUUAGUCAAAUUUGCUGACGAUUUGACGUUAGGAGUGCCUGGCAACGAAAGUGGUGACACAUCUCGAUCUGAAGCUGCCUGUUUACAGGAUUGGGCGGAAGAGAAUAGAAUGCCCUUACUUAAACUUGGAAAAAACGUACGAAAUGGUUGUUCGCAGACACACCUCUGUAGUUUUGCCUGA